AUGGCUGCCUUGAGCUCCUCCAAGAGAAUCCCUGGUCCUCUUCCACUGCUGCUGCUGUUGACGCUCCUCCUUCUGCAACAUCUGGUUGUUACAGGACAGAACGUAGAGGUAGCCCAACUUCCGGAAUCCAUAUCGGUGAAAGCAGGAGAGACCAUCACUCUAAAGUGUACAUUGACUGGAAGAAAUUUACCUGGAGGCGUGCGGUGGUACAAAGGGAUGGACAGAAACCAGCCUGUUUACAGUGAUAAACAAGGAACUUCCAAUCGGGGGGUGAGGGUGAUCCCAGGAUCCAAUACGGACUUCAGCAUCAAGAUCCAAAAUGUCCGUCCUGAAGAUGCCGGGACUUACUAUUGUGGGAAGAUGAAGGCUGGGCUCCAAGAGAGCGUGCUGGCUUUAGGGAAUGGCACUUUGGUCUCCGUGAUCGCCAUGCCAUCCCAGCCUGUGAUUAUUGGCCCCACAGGAAGAAUCACGGCGGGGUCUCGGGCCUCCUUCAGCUGCUCCACAGGGGGAUUCUUCCCCCGAGAGAUCACAGUCAGCUGGUUGAAGGAUGGGAAAAAAAUACCGGCUUCCCCAGCCGAAAUCCUGAAUUCGAAUGAAAAGCAGAGCAUCUCGUACCGAGCGGAGAGCACGGUGAACAUCCAGCUGGAGCAAGGAGACAUGAAGUCUCAGCUAAUCUGCCAGAUCGAACACGCAUCGUUGGAUGGACAAGGUCCUCUCCAGGAGACCUUUGCACUUGGGGAUGUCCUAAGAGUUCCUCCCAAGGUGCGUCUUGAGACCAGCCCACCUUCUCCCGUCCAGCUGAACACCACCGUGACGGUCACUUGCAACGCAGAAAGCUUUUACCCAGAUGGGGCAACGCUGGAGUUGUUUGCCAAGGAUGCCCCAACCAGAAGAGGAACGGUUGGCAUGAAGAUCUUGAAUCCGGACGGGACUUUUUCCCUCAAAAGCAGCCUAGAGAUGAUGGCCAGUGAAGAGAGGAACUCCUCCGUGUUCCUUUGCCAGGUCCAGCACGACUCCCAGCCUCUGGUCAACACAACCAUCACACUGUUCAUUACGCAACAAGAUGAAAUGGAAGGAGGUAACAUCAUCAGUGAAUCAGAACAGAAAUCACUGCUGAGGUCUCCAUCUAGGUUUAUUCCAGCCUCUUCUUGCAUCACCGCCAUCUCUUAUCUUCAACUUUGGGACAUUAUUAAUCUCAAAUUCUGGAAUGCCUCCUUCGACGUUCUUCCCACGGAGCCACUGUGCCAAUUGGUCCAGACUUAG